CCCAUGGAGGCCUUCUUCGACUCAUGGCUCACCCGCCUCGACAACCUCCGGACCGAGCUCCUCCACGCAGUCACCCACCGGACCGACCUCAUCCCCAGCGCCGUCGACGCCUUCCUCAUCCACUACCGCGACUACCGCGGCGCCAAGGCCCGCCUCGCCGACUCCGACCUCCUCCGCGCCCUCACCCACCCGUGGCUCACCCCCUUCGAGCGCACCUUCCUCUGGAUAGGCGGCUGGAAGCCCUCCCUUGCCUUCCGCCUCCUCCCUGGCCGCUGCCUCCUAGCGCCGGACCAGCGCGCCGCAGUCGAACUGCUCCGGCAGGAGGUGGAGCUGGCGGAGCACCGGAUCUCGGAGGACAUGGCUGGCGCGCAGGAAGCCAUGGCCGGCCACGCGGUGCUCGUGGCAGUGAGAGCCGGACUCCUCUACGCCAACGGGAGCGCGUGGGAGGCGGCCGUGGACGAGGUGUCGCGGGCGCUGAGGGCGACCGUUAACGCGGCGGAGGAGCUACGGGACGCCACCCUGCGGCGAAUGGUGGAGAUCCUGACGGCAGCACAGACGGCGGAGUUCCUCGCCGCCGCGGCGGAGCUCCGGCUCCGAGUGCGCAGGUGGGGUUUGCGACGCAACUAAAGUCGGUUCGCUUGAGAUGUGCGGUCACCGACGCUGAUCUCUAGUUACCUAUACACCUGUGGUAGUUAACUGGUGGCCCUGCUUCGAGCAGUUAUUAAAUAAGGUAUAGCGCGCUGAAGUCAUCUGUUUUCUAGUUGAAGUAUUAAUCAGAAAAUUAUGUUUAGUAAAUUGUGGGUUUUUGAUCCUACAGCCAAUCAAGCACAUAAA